AUUUUAUGAUAUGCCUCUGUUUUUCUGUCCUUCCUCUAUGUUUUUCGCAUUCAUAUUAAAAUUAUCGUCAUAUCGCUUACACAUUCACACAUUUUCACAAUAAAAAAUAAGGCAAACAAUGCAGGGGUUUACUUGGUCAGGAGUAACAUUUCUGAUCCUCUGCAUCAGCUGCUGCUUCUUGUUGCAUCCGGCAGAAGCGCGCUUCCGAGUAUCAAGCACAGCUCACAUGCGGUUAUACCGAACCAACGAUCUCAACCUAGUACCUCAGAAGAUCCGCAUAACUGACCACGACAAAUGCACCCCAGAGGCAGUCAACAAUUCGACAUUGCGCAACCCGCCGCCAAUGCGACUCCAAAAGCCACGGCUCUGCGACUCACAGGUGCGCCAGUACUCAGGGUAUAUCGACAUGGAAGAUAAGCAUGUGUUUUUCUGGUACUUUGGAUCGCGCGCAAGACUGUCACCCACCUUCAAUGCUGCGACGGACAAUGUUCCUUUGGUGUUUUGGUUUUCAGGAGGCCCAGGCUGCAGCUCCCAGAUUGCCAAUUGGCAGGAGAACGGGCCCUGCAUGUACGUGCCGAAGAACGCGACGUUUGAUCCGUCCAUGUCGGACGAGAGGAGAAAGGCGCUGCCGCAUGAGGUGCAGAGAAACCCGUGGGCAUGGAACAACGUGGCGGAUAUUGUGUUUGUCGAUCAGCCUGUCGGCACCGGAUUCUCCUACGGACCCAUGCCCAGCUCGACCGAGGGCGCAACAGAUACCGCCUGGAGGACCAUGCAGGCAGUAUACGCCAAGCUGACCGAAGACGCGCGGACCAACGGCGAGGUUAGCAUCAAGGACGUGUACUUGUUUGGCGAGUCGUACGCCGGCCGCUACAUCCCGGUGUUCACCGAGUAUCUCAUCCACAUGAACAAGCACGUCUCCGCCUCUGCGGACCUGCAAGAGCGCGGCUACGUCUCACUGCCCCUGCGCGGCAUCGGCAUCGGGAAUGGCAUGUUUGACCACCGCCUGCAGGCCUCGUCGGCGCACACAAUGGCCUGCCAGUCAAACUACCCGCCAAUGUUCAGCCGCCAGCAAUGCGCCCACCUGCGAAGCACCGUUGUGCCGCAGUGCACCGCGCAAAUGAACAAGUGCUACGGCGAAUUCACGCCAACGACAAGCUCCCUGGGCAUGCGCAUGGAUAAGUGCGUGCGGCUGGAGCCCGAAAAAUGGAGGAGCAGCAAAGAGUGCGCGGCUGCCAAAACCAUCUGCAACGGCGCGCUUAACUGGACCAACAUGGUGAAUGCUUACGAUGUGCGCCCACAGGCGCGCAUGGUGCCGGAUGACUACGUCGAAUACCUGCGCACCCGCGAGUUCACCAAUGCCAUUGGCGUCACCCAGAGCGGAGUUGGGUUUGAGGAGUGCUCGGACGAGGUUUUUGACCGCUUCGGCUCCACGUCAGACGAAAUGUCUCGCUCAGCACUGUCCUCGCUGCAGUACAUUCUGAACCAGCAUAUGCCCGUGCUGCUGUACAGCGGCGACGCUGAUUUUAUAUGCAACUGGCACGGUAACCUGGCAGUCGCACGGGCGCUCAACUGGCACGGGAAGGGCGCCUUUAAAAGUGCAAUUUCUGCUCCCUGGAAUUGGCCGACAAAAUCGGGGAACAAGGUUGGUGCUGGAGAGGUUUUGUCUGCUGAAAAUCUCACCUUCCUGCGCGUGUUUGAGGCCGGCCAUGAGGUGCCGUACUACCAGCCGCAGGCAUCCUUGUACAUGUUGGCACAGUUUAUUACCAGCCAAAAGGUCCGCUAA